AUGGUGGUUGACGUGGUGGUUGACGUGGUGGUCGACAUGGUGGUUGACGUGGUGGUUGACGUGAAGAUUGACGUGGUGGUUGACGUGGUGGUUGACGUGGUGGUUGACAUGGUGGUCGACAUGGUGGUCGACAUGGUGGUCGACAUGGUGGUUGACGUGGUGGUUGACGUGGUGGAUGACGUGGUGGUUGACGUGGUGGUUGACGUGCUGGUUGACGUGCUGGUUGACAUGGUGGUCGACAUGGUGGUCGACAUGGUGGUUGACGUGGUGGUUGACGUGGUGGUUGACGUGGUGGUUGACGUGGUGGUUGACGUGGUGGUUGAGGUGGUGGUUGACGUGGUGGUUGACGUAGUGGUUGACGUGGUGGUCGACAUGGUGGUUGACGUGGUGGUUGACGUGAUGGUUGACGUGGUGGUUGACGUGGUGGUUGACGUGGUGGUUGACGUGGUGAUGGACGUGCUGGUUGACGUGGCGAUUGACGUGGUGGUUGACGUGGUGGUUGACAUGGUGGUCGACAUGGUAGUCGACAUGGUGGUUGACGUGGUGGUUGACGUGGUGGUUGACGUGCUGGUUGACGUGCUGGUUGACGUGGUGGUUGACGUGGUGGUUGAGGUGGUGGUUGACGUGGUGGUUGACGUAGUGGUUGACGUGGUGGUCGACAUGGUGGUUGACGUGGUGGUUGACGUGAUGGUUGACGUGGUGGUUGACGUGGUGGUUGACGUGGUGGUUGACGUGGUGAUGGACGUGCUGGUUGACGUGGCGAUUGACGUGGUGGUUGACGUGGUGGUUGACAUGGUGGUCGACAUGGUGGUUGACGUGGUGGUUGACGUGGUGGUUGACGUGGUGGUUGACGUGCUGGUUGACGUGCUGGUUGACGUGGUGGUUGACGUGGUGGUUGACGUGCUGGAUGACGUGGUGGUUGACAUGGCGGUUGACGUGGUAGUUGACGUGGUGGUUGACGUGGUGGUUGACGUGGUAGUUGACGUGCUGGUUGACGUGCUGGUUGACGUGGUGGUUGACGUGGUGGUUGACGUGGUGGUUGACGUGGUGGUUGACGUGCUGGUUGACGUGCUGGUUGACGUGCUGGUUGACGUGGUGGUUGACGUGGUGGUUGACGUGCUGGUUGACGUGGUGGUUGACGUGGUGGUUGACGUGGUGGUUGACGUGCUGGUUGACGUGCUGGUUGAAGUGGUGGUUGACGUGCUGGUUGAAGUGGUGGUUGACGUGGCGGUUGACGUGGCAGUUGACGUGGUGGUUAAAGUGCUGGUUGACGUGGUGGUUGACGUGGUGGUUGACGUGGUGGUUGAUGUGGUGGUUGACGUGGCGAUUGACGUAGUGGUUGACGUGGUGGUUUAUGUGCUGGUUGACUUGGCGAUUGACGUGGUGGUUGACGUGGUGGUUGACGUGGUAGUUGACGUGGAUAUUGACGUGAUGGUUUACGUGGUGGUUGACAUGCUGGUUGACGUGGUGAUUGACGUGGUGAUUGACGUGCUGGUUGACGUGGCGAUUGACGUGGUGGUUGACGUGGUGGUUGACGUGCUGGUUGACGUGCUGGUUGACGUGCUGGUUGACAUUGUUUAUUCUUCCGUUUUUACAAUGAUGAACAAAGGCGGAUUCUAUUCUAAAAACAAAUAG